AUGGACUCAAGAAACAUAUCUUUUCUAUCUAUAUUUUCCCUUUCGCCCGCAUGGGCGCUUACAAGCAGCAGAAAGACUCCAAAAAAAACAGAGUCUUUCUGCACGAAUCAGCCUGCACCAGCGCCUGUGUUCUGCACUGGCAUGGCAGAGCAGUUCCACUCGGACCUCAUUUUUUGCAUCUACAGGACGUCUUGCUACAUAGACAAAAACCUAGCCUUUAACAGCAGCCUGCUGCCCCAGGAGUUUUCGCGUUUUGCGCAUGUGUUUAGGGAGCGGCUCUACACAUCCCAUCAAAUACUUCUUUCUGACCUAAGAACUGCGCUUCUAUUUACUACAACGCACUAUGUUUUCCCAAUAUUCCUGGCCCACAAGUCUAUUAUGUGCGGAAACGCCAUGCAGAAGAUAGAAGAAGCCUUCAAUGUGUUGAACUCUGCCCAAAGCACGCAGGCUGAGAUGUUUGGCGUGAUCGAGGCCCUUUGUCUAGUUCUUUUCAACGAAAUGAUCGACACCAGCACUGACAGCAGCGUCAAUCUAGUUAAAAAGAUGCUGACAGGCGCGAUGUCUGCCGACGAGUGCAUAGAACUGCAUAUCUCCGUGACCAUAUACAAGAGCCUUCUCUUGUUUCUUUCUGGAAGCUCUGCAGAUGCGUUUUCCCAAAGCAUAGGCCAUGCCAACGAUGUUCUGGAGCAUAUACUGCUCACUAUAAAAAAUAUGUCGCGGUGGAGGCCAUUUAUGUUUCGGCAAGAUGACGCGUAA